CCGAAGUUUACCUAGCUGGUCUGCACCUCCUCGGACUGCCCGCGGCAGCCCUCCGAGAGCUGUGUCUUCCUCGGGCCCUGGACGAGGUCUUUGUUGCCUGGCAUCGCGCAGAGCGAGUAGCAGGUCCCUGUGGCCGGUCUUUUAUAAGAGUGAAUACCUGGUCCCUCCCUCUGCCUGCUCAGCUGCAGCCUCUGGAAGAAGAGGGAGUUUAGGGUCCUGCGCCAGGUGAGAGAAUGGCCUCAGGACCCAAAACAAAGGAACCUGGCUAUCACAAUGACCACUUCGUACAACUUUGCAAUCCGAACGUAGCAACAAUGAAUGAAGACGUGCUCUACCACUUCAGCCUCAGCACUAGCACACAUGAUUUCCCAGCUCUGUUUGGAGAUGUGAAGUUUGUGUGUGUUGGGGGAAGCCCUACACGGAUGAAGGACUUCAUCAGAUACAUGGCCAAGGAGCUGGGCCUGGACCGGCCGGGCACAGACUAUCCCAACAUCUGCGAGGGGACGGACCGUUAUGCCAUGUUCAAAGUGGGACCGGUGCUGUCUGUCAGUCACGGUAUAGGCAUCCCUUCCAUCUCCAUCAUGCUGCAUGAGCUCAUCAAGCUGCUGUACCAUGCACGAUGCUCCGGUGUCACCCUGAUCCGCAUUGGCACCUCUGGCGGGAUAGGUCUGGAGCCCGGCUCUGUGGUCAUCACCCGGGAGGCAGUGGACCCCUGCUUCAAGCCAGAGUUCGAACAGGUGGUCCUGGGAAAGCGCGUGGUUCGGAGCGCGCACCUGGAUGCCCAGCUAGUGCAAGAGCUGAUGCAGUGCUCUGCAGACCUGACGGAAUUCCCCACAGUUGUGGGGAAUACCAUGUGCACCUUGGACUUCUAUGAAGGGCAGGGCCGGCUGGACGGCGCGCUCUGCUCCUACACGGAGGAAGACAAGCAGGAGUACCUGCGGGCGGCGUUCGCGGCGGGUGUCCGCAACAUCGAGAUGGAGUCCACCGUCUUCGCGGCCCUGUGCAGAGCCUGCGGCCUCCGAGCGGCUGUCGUGUGUGUCACUCUGCUCAACCGCCUGGAAGGGGACCAGAUCAGCAGCCCCCACGAGCUGCUCGUGGAGUACCAGCAGCGGCCUCAGCGGCUGGUGGGCCACUUCAUCAAGAAGUGCCUUGCUGCAGCCUGAUGCCCGCAAGUCUCCUGCAUGAGCGGUCCUGGCUGCUGCAAAUAAAACCAUGCCCCAAAUUUCCUUAUGCAUGACUUCAUGCACACUUCAAGAAUUUCUGGAAUUGGGUUGCAUUUCAGAGACAAAGACUUCUGCCUUAACUAUUUUUUUUUUUGAAGCUUCUUUGGAGCGUUUUCAGUUACCUUAGCCUGAUUUGGGUUUUCUUUAAGCAUGUUCGUCGGAAUAGUUGAAGGAUUUCUAGAAAAAUUAUCAGACUUUUAAUUUACAACGGUUUUCAGAUUUUAUGUCACUGAGCAAGAAAUUCUGUACACCCCGUUGAUGAGUGAUGUCAGGAAUUUGAGAAAUAAAUUUCACAUGAAUAUGCA